UAAAAAAAAAAAAAAGGGGGUGGGGAGAGUAUUUGUCGCUGUAUAAGUGAUUAUUGUGCUCAGGUGAGUUUACCUUGCACAGUCCACCCGAAGAAAUAUGGAGGAAGCAAAGCACAAAAUCGUCAUAGUACAAACCGCUUUGCUGUUGCUGUUGGUUUUGGUUUUAAAUGGGUAUGCACAGAACUUGCCCCCUGCCAAGUACGAUGGGUUCUUGUACGAGCAUCGCCUAAUUGACCCGGAUUCGAUUCUCAUCGAAGCUUUCUUUGACCCGGUCUGCCCGGACAGUAGAGAUUCCUGGCCACCCCUCAAACAGGCCCUAGCCUACUACGGCCCUCACGUCACUCUUGCUGUGCACCUAUUACCGUUGCCUUACCAUGACAACGCUUUUGUUGCUUCUCGUGCUAUACACAUUGUAAAUAAGCUGAAACCUUCUGCUACGUUUUCCGUGUUGGAGUGGUUCUUCAAGAAUCAGGAGAGGUAUUACAAUGCUCAAACGCGCAACAUUUCUAGGGCUUCCAUUGUGGAUGACUUAGUGAAGCAACUAACAGCAGUACUUGGGAAUUCUUAUCAUAGUUCCCUGGAAUCAGGCUUUAAUGACCGGAAAACUGAUCUCACAACAAGGGUUUCCUUUAAGUAUAGUACUUCAAGAGGGGUGUAUGGAACGCCUACUUUCUAUGUAAAUGGAUUUGUAUUGCCUGAUUCUGGCGAUGCUCUAGAUUUUAACGGGUGGAAAAAAGUGAUUGACCCAUUAGUUACGGCACCAAAGAAACAGGAAAAUUUGCAUUUCUUCUUAUAAAGGAUGUAGCUACUUGGUUCAUGUUCUUGAAAGGCUGAAGAAUGAAGUCCACAAUGUGGUUUCAAUGUGUAUAUUAAUGAACCUGGCCAUUAGGCCAUGGAAUAAAUGAUCUGUAAUGCAACACUAUGGUGAAAAUUGGAUCUGGUCUGCUUAAGAA